AUGAACACGAACGGCAACGCGGUUGGUCAAGAAGGUGGUGCCGGCACCGAUUACGGCGGCAAUGAGGAGACGGCCGCCCUAUUGGGCAGACAACCGCCGCCGCCGGUCGUGGUGGCCGCGGCGUCUCAGGGCAAGCCGGUGCUCACACGGCAGGAUCGGGCGACCUUCCUGGUCGCCUCGCCGCAAUUGUCCGUAUCCGGGCUCGGCGGCUCCGAGGAAAGCGGCACCAAUGAGGACCCGGCGACCAGAUCGGUACCGGACAUUGAGCUUCACUGUCGACUGGACGGCGAGCCGCAGGUCCCGCAGCUUCCGCAGCAACAGCAACAGCCGCAGCACCAGCAGCCGUCGCAGUUGCAGGCACACCGUUCCUCCAGGCAGUCGCAUCAGUACAGAUGCAGAUGCGACCGAAGGGACUCCCUCGCGCCCACCUCGGCUCUUCAUUUGGCCCGUAGCGUUUCCAGAGAGAGCGUGAAAAGCGGCCACCACUGUUGCCCGUGUCAGGCGCCGCCGCCACCGGUGUUGGUAACCACGUCGCCCAGCACGCGCAUAAUACGGCAGAGUUCGCAGCCGGAGGCAUCCGCGUGCUGUUGCUCCGGCUGUUGCUGCCCGCUGCACACCGGCGCGGCGCCGAGCGCCGCCUCGCUGCGGCAACUCCGCGAGCCGGGGGACGGAAUCGCCGGCAUCGCCGCGGACUCGCUGCGGAUCAAUGGCGGUAUACGACAGUUCCGGCAGUUCCCUUGGUGGUGCAAGUCGUCCUCGGCGACGAUGUCGGCGGCGGCGGCGCCCUCCACCACGGCCACGGCGCCCGGCCCAGCCUCCGCCGGCGCCGCUUCCGGCUCUCAGGGCGCCCAGGGCGUCGUACUCUGUCCACGCACGCUGUCGCAGGUGCGACGAUCACGACUACGCCGGGCCCUCACCGAGGCAACCGCCGAGACCGUCAACUACGUCAAGACGCUGCGGAAGCCAGUGUCGACUCUCUCGAUCCCGGGGGCGAUGAAGAACAGUGGCGGGGUGGCCGGCGGGGGCGGCUCGGGGGCGGCAGGGGUGGCUGCCGGCUGCGGCAGCGCCGGGGGCGCCGGUGCCGGCGAGGACCCCGGAGUCUCCCUCGUGAGCGUCCACAACGAGUAUCCCCGUUACAUGGACGAUCGCAUGCUGGCCGGCGGUGGUGGCUCCCUUAAGGGUCAGUCCGGUGGCAGCAUCGGGCCCGGGUCCAAGCACAAGCCGAACGUCGGCUACCGGCUGGGCAAGCGGAAGGCCCUCUUCGAGAAGCGCAAGCGCAUCAGCGACUACGCCCUCGUGAUGGGCAUGUUUGGCAUCAUCAUAAUGGUCAUCGAAAACGAACUGUCCAGCGCCGGCAUUUACAGCAAGGCCUCGUUUUGGUCGACAGCACUGAAAACCCUGAUCUCUGUGUCUACUGUGAUACUGCUUGGCCUCAUAUUUGCUUACCAUGCCUUAGAAGUUCAGUUGUUCAUGAUCGAUAACUGCGCGGACGACUGGCGGAUCGCGAUGACCUGGCAGCGGAUCGCGCAGAUCUCGUUAGAGCUGGUGAUUUGCGCGAUCCACCCGAUUCCGGGCGAGUAUUACUUCCUGUGGACGACCAAGCUGGCGAACAAAAACGGCGACAUCGGCUCCAAGUGGGUGCCGUACGACGUGACUCUCUCGCUGCCGAUGUUCCUCAGGCUCUACCUCAUCUGCCGGGUGAUGUUGCUGCAUUCGAAGCUCUUCACGGACGCGUCGUCGCGCAGUAUAGGGGCCUUGAAUCGCAUCAACUUCAACACCAGGUUCGUCCUCAAGACCCUGAUGACCAUCUGCCCCGGCACGGUGCUUUUGGUGUUCAUGGUCUCCCUGUGGAUCAUCGCCUCGUGGACGUUACGACAGUGUGAGAGGUACCAUGAUGAAGAACACGCAAAUCUCCUCAACGCCAUGUGGCUCAUCGCCAUCACGUUCCUGAGCGUCGGUUUCGGCGACAUCGUGCCCAACACAUACUGCGGUCGAGGUAUUGCCGUCUCCACCGGAAUGAUGGGCGCCGGAUGCACAGCUCUAUUGGUGGCGGUCGUCUCCAGAAAGCUCGAGCUUACGCGUGCGGAGAAACACGUGCACAACUUCAUGAUGGACACACAAUUAACGAAGAGGUUGAAGAACGCCGCAGCAAAUGUAUUGCGGGAAACGUGGCUGAUUUACAAGCACACCCGCUUGGUGAAGCGCGUCAAUCCCGGACGCGUGCGGACCCAUCAACGGAAAUUCCUAUUGGCUAUAUACGCACUCAGGAAGGUGAAAAUGGAUCAGCGUAAAUUGAUAGACAACUCCAGCACCAUAACGGACAUGGCCAAGACGCAGACCAACGUCUACGAGAUCGUCUCGGACAUGAGCACGCGACAGGACGCGCUGGAAGGGCGUUUGGAGAGCGUGGAGAGCCGUCUGGCCGGCCUAGAUGAGAAGCUGACAUCGUUGCAGGGUCAGCUGGAGCUGCUGCCCGAGGUGCUGACCCGCUGCUUGGCCCAGCACGCGGAACGGAUGGAGCAGCGGCGUAACUUCCUCCACCCAGACACGGCGGUGGCAAUGGCGACUUCCGGUGGCGGUGGUGGCAGCGGCAGCGGCGGCGGUGGUGGUGCGAUUUCGUCGGGGACGAACCUGGGCGUCUCUGGCGGUAGCACGUCGGCACACCACCCUCUCGCUAGUCUCUCCAACUCACCCCUCUUGCCACACUCGCGUAGUGUACCCAGCGCGCCCAGCACCAUGUCCCUACACCCGUGGCCGGUCAGUCCGGUCCUUCCCCCCGUCUCCAGCCGCACGCCCCACCUGGUGCCGGAAACCGGCAGGCAUCAUGGCCUCAGCCACUCCGCCACGGCGACCGCUACAACCUCGCAGUCGGUCACCAGGCUCACCUCGCAGGCCGGCAUGGGUGGGCUAGGCAACAGCCAAGGCUCGGACACGUCGGCGCACAGCUGAGUCUCGUCUCUGCAGCCGCAGCAUUCGUAUUAAGGCCCCUCCUGAGGCUGGUUUCCGCGUAUCACAGACUGCGGUUAGUGUCACCGUCACGGUGCACCAUUAUGAUCGGUAUAUAAGUAUACUGCCGGGAUAUAAUCGCACUACGAUCGAAUACGAAGGUCGGUCAGUCGGUCGGUCGAUCGGAGGUUUGAUUCUUCGCACAAACGAACGUGAAAAAGACUCCCGUCUAGAGCGGUGUUUCCCCCUCUAUGUCAGCCAUGUUUAUAUCCGCAACGGUCCACUAUAAUAGAACGGUCUGUGUUUACUUUUGUCGCACUAUUACGGUAGUCGUUGUCUUGGUCUCGUCAGUGUUUUCGUUGAAAAAAAGGAAAAAGUGCAAAAACUAACAGCAAGAUAGUUUCAACUAUGGGAUCCGCUUUCUAUUUUAGACACGGUUGUUCCUCGCGAACGACUACACAUCGAGCUAUAUACAGUGGAUUUUGCGCACAGAUGCGUAAAUUAGUUCGCCGCGAGCGUAUACGCGUACAAAUUUCCUUGGCAUCCUCCUUGGCGAUUAUUUCGAAACCCACAUUAAAAAGUCGAAGCCUGUUUUUUCUACGUAUACAUAAAGCACUUUUCCGUUCAUGACCUAUGAUUCUCGCUUUCGCAUGGACCACAGCCUGGAGAUAUGAUAGUCGGAUGCUGUGUGGAGAAGCAUUGCUCUAAGUGAGAGUUCUGUAGUGACCAGAUUGCGAUACCGCGGUCUGUUUUUCGUGUGAAACUCGUCUAACGAUGGGCCUUCUUGCGUCCUGCGCGUACCUUCGAGUUCCUUCUGAAGAAGUCACGCUCGCAGCAAAAUUCAGUCAAAGCUGCGUGGCGUGCAGAGUAUCGCGCGAUUGGGGUUGAAGAAAGGAGGAGGACGGAGGCAAGAACUGUCCAAGUGCCACUCUAUGCGUGUUCUUAACAUAGUUACCAUGAGUCUCAUACACUCGGCAUUCAUCUUUCCUCCAGCAAACUCCUCAAACAUCUAAUCCUAUUUCCCGCAAACUUUUUAAGAUCUGCUCUGAAAAAGCAGAACUGAUAGUAAAGUCGAACAAAGUAGCACUGUCGACGACAAACUUCAUCAUUCAGGUCACAAAAACGAUAUUUUAUUUGAAAUUGGGAAAUCACUGUUAGAAGUAGCCAUCAUAUUUGGUUUGGUUAUAUCUCUCGAUAUCCUAUUCACAUUAACCCUUUAAUCGCCUACUUUGAUCAGCCGUUUUUAUCGAAUCCCUUCCAGCCCCCAAGUUUCGCUUGCCAAUUUCGAUGAAAGUAUGCAAUCAAGAGGUUGGGAUAUUAUACAAGUACACAGUUAAAUGGUUAGAAGUAGUGCAAAAUAUGACAAAAACGAAGAAUCGGCACGGUCCAUAUUUGGCAAACGGAUCGGACAACCGGAUUGACCGGUCUCUAUUGAUCGAUCGAUCCCCGUAACGGACGAGAAGGAGAGGAACUCUCGAGGUACGCGCGGCUUCUUCCACUGGCUGCGCGCUGCUCCCCUGCCCAACUUGCGUGCCUGAAUAACUGUUUUCUUAAUAACUAAAUGUACAUUCGACACAGAAAUUCCACCUUGUAUCUCUGUAUACCUCGUGAAGAGCGCGGACGGGCACAACGUGUGUGUAUAAGAAGAGCAUGUGCGGACAAGGAUUAGCCCGGAGGUGAAUCAAGCUGGCUCUUAAAGCCCGUGUGCAAUGAAGUUAAACUGUCCUUAACCACGCUAGUCGGGGAGUGCUCAAAAGGUCUCCCACUCUAGCUGCUGAGCACUAAGGCCCGUAUUCAUACCUCACGUUCAGAGCUAAGCGUGACCGUCUGUGCUUCUCAGUUUGAGGUAACUUUGUAUAACGAGCCUCGUACGAGGUAAGCAAAUAAUUAAGUGCCAUACAUCAUCUAUAAUCUUUGAUGUUUCAGUAGCUAAAAGCUAAAAUUUUUGUUACUUACAUUAAUUACUACUGUGUAUUGGCCAUUGAACUAAUUAUUACUGUGUAUUGUACUGAAUGUACAUUGAAUUAAUUAAUUAUUGCUAUGUAGUGGCCAUUUUUAACGAAACUUAAAAACACACGGUCAUAUUUAAUGAUUGAACAUGCGAUACCAAUACGGACUUGAUACGAUAUUAAUUAUUAAUUAUUUUGACUGUUACCUCUCUUUUAAUUAUCCUCUACCGCUUACCGGUCAUCAUCCUUCUCGGCCUACUCAUCGGUGAAAUGAGAAAUUAACGAGGUUAUUUAUGAAUUUAUACAUUGCACCGGAGAUUUUUCCUGCUGGAUGGCAUCCAAAGGCGCGCUUUAAGAGCCGGUAUGAACCCGACGGGUGUCCGCAAAACGAAUAGAGGGAGAAUGCAAAGUGAUCUUAUCCGCUUUAACGUCCGUAGGUUACAUAGGAUAUUAUAUUGUUAAUGUAUACUUGUACAUGGCGCACGGGUACAAAAGCGGCUGCUUUCCAUUGAGGGGAAGAGGGAGGGGGGUUGAAGAUUUUUUAUAAUGGGGCAGCUAUCGCGCGAAGAGAUAGCGCGGUGCGCGGGGGGUAGGCUUAAUUAAACGGAUCGACCAGACAAUGGGAAACUACUUAUUUGCCAACGACUUCCCGUUCGGAGGCGUUUACCAGGCUUUUUUAUUCACCGUGUCUCGUCAUUCAAAUAUCCUUGUAUUGUUGAUUUACGAUUAUGCAAGUCCCAUAUAAGAAAUGUAAGUUUCCCAGAAGAACUUAACAUUAACAUUAACAUUAUUUAUUUUAUAAUAAUUAUUAUUUUAUCACACGUUUUAUUUUUAUAUUAUUUUAUUUUUGCUCAUAUAUAAAUAUAAAUAUAUAUAAAUAUAAAUAAAUAUAUAUAUAUAUAUAUAUAUAUAUAUAUAUAUAUAUAUCAUCGUUCAAGAUAUAAUUCGGAGAAAUUAGUCUCCAAUAGUCAUUCGGCUCAGGAGAAACGUUAUUUCGUGAAUGAAGAGGCCUGGUGCGUCGAAAGUGCAGGGUGUUCCGAAAAGAACCGAAUACAAAAUUAACGACUGAUCGACUUCAGAUCUGAAGAGCCUGGAUUUACCAGCGCAAGUUGCUCGAUUUCUUCCGGAACACAAUGUACAUAAUUCGCGGCCAUAACGCAGCGCGUAUGUUCAUUCUUUCCGACGCGAUUUGUCCCGAAGAUGUUCAGAUCUCAAUGCACCGGCACGACGGUGUUUGUUAGCGCAACCAUAACCGUAUUGGUCGACACGCGACAACUGAGAUUUUAUCGAGGUUCUUCAAGGCGAGCUCGAACAGCUCUGAUCCCUUUAGUGUGAAACUGGACAUGAAAGUUUUAGAAAACGUGUGCGGAAAACCUUUAGUUAAUUUAGACCUCUUAAAUUAUUCUCUGCAAAACAAAUGGAUCAAGAUAAAAGAAUUAGCACGUACUCGUUUUAUAUAAGAAUAAAAUCGCUUGUUUUUUAUAAAAAACAUUUCGUUCUAAUCAGAAAAAAUCUUUAUUUAUUUGGCCAUCUUCUAAUUUCCCUAAGUCUAUUUUGGAAGUGUUUUAGUGGUAUUUAGUCAUUAGUGUUAGUAUUUUAGCACUAUUAACAACAUCAAAUUUAUUCAGAUUUAACUGAUAACUUCAUCAAUUUCUAUUAAUUAAUGUCGCAGAAGGGGAAAGAUCGGUCGAGCCGCCUUCAAUAUCUUCGACCGUUCGUUCACAAGAAAAAGCUCACGCGGAAAAAGCUCACUAACGCGGAUAAAGCUGGGACCUGGUUUGUCUUGUCCGUCAUCGUUUCAUUUCGAAAGCGUAGUUUCGCGGCUAAUCGCAACGCGAAACGGGACCAAAACAGACACAAAUUUCACAACGUUCUCAUAUACUGUCCCUUUCUCUCUCUGUCUUUCUUUCUUUUCUCCCUUCAUUCCUUCCCUUUUUCUCACAGUUGGGCAGACUUUCCAUCUAACAAAAGAACAUAUGAUAAGAGAAAAUACACUUUGCUAAUCUUUAUUAAAUUAAAAAUAUUCAUUCGAGUAGAGGUUAUUUUAUUAGGAAAUAAUAAAGAAUAUCUCUUAUUGACUUCUUUAAAAAAUUUACGUGUUAUUAUGACAUAUUUCCUUUGUUUUUAUAGUUUGUACACAUGAUAGAUUACACGACGGCAAUCCUGUCGUAAAGACAAUUAGACAUAUUAAUAUAACAAAAGGAUUCAUAGGAAUUCUCCUCUUUUUCCAUAAAAAAGGCUGUGUUAAACUUUUAAUUAGUUUUAUAAUAACCUAUAUCUAUCUGACUUAUUGUUAAUCUGAGAAUUAUUCGAUGGAUGAUUUAUUCACAGAUAUAAGCGAAAGAGAUGAAAAAUGUAUUAGAAAGCUUUCUUCUGUAAUGAAUAGAACGUUUCAUCUUCGAAUAAAAAAAGCAAAAAAUCGCCUCUUGUCAAAUUAGAAUAAAUUUCCAUUCGGAAUUCGAAUAAAAAAGUUAUCUCGCGCGCGGGAACGAAGAUAACUUCUUCAUUUAUUCGAUCUUUUUACCCGACAGAAAUUUUCGAUCGACUAAUGUCCAACUCGCCUGUUUUUUUCCAGUGUUAGUUUCUUUUAAUCAAUUCUUCCUGAACUUUUCCGGCGUUCCCUCCUCCCUCCUUUCUUCAUCUUUCUUCUCGCUGUUUUUCAUUAUUUACUUUCAACCACUGUUUACAUCCUGUUCAAGAAGCAUUCCUCUUUCGCGCGCGACUAAACGCACUGGACACGACAACUCUACGAUAUUUUUAUAUAGAUUUCUUAAAAGUGCAUUAUGGUGCCAGGAAGACCAUGCCAAGUAUAAAAACGUAAAAAUAUAAAACGGUUUCAAUAUUGGAUCUUUAGGCGAUAGACACCGACUCUAUGAUAUUGUUAGUAGGUAAUACCAUGAGUAUAUAGAUGAUUACCGAAUUCUUCGAUGUAGCGAAGCUACGUGAGGUCACUUUCUUGAUAAAAGAAUCGAAUGGAAAAAGGAAACGCAAUCUGGAAAAAAAAUGCAUUCGUCGCGAACUGCGCUUAGAGCGCAGACCUGAGAACAUUGGAUCCAUGGAAUUUUCAAUUCUUACAUCCGUAAGUCUUUGGAGCUAUGGUUGUUUGAAACACUAUGGGUUCUCGAAAUUUUUAUUUGUGAAAAAACUACGAAUCCCUAGAAUUUGAAAUCUUUAAAGUUUUCAUUAUUAUAUACGCUAGAACUCUGGAAAAAUUCUAUGGAAAUAGAUCUGCAAAAAUCCCAGUUUACGCAAUUACAAGUUUACAUGAUGUCACGAAAACUUAACUGUUUGUCUAGAACACGGGAUUCAUAAAAAUUCAAAGUCUUGCAUUCUUUAUUUAAUGGGACAUGUGGGACUGAAUUUUUACAUUCUCAAAAUAUUGAACCCAAGAAUUUUCAAAUUCUUAGACUCUCGGGUUCGUAGAUUACCGAGUUCUCAAAUCUCGAUUUAAUGUACGCGAACACAGAAAGUGGAACGGUUCCUUUUCUCUUAUUAGUUUAUUGCAACAAUAACUGGAAUCGCGAACGAUUAAUAAUUUCGCGACGCGAUGAGGACUGCAUGCGCACUUUUUAAGGGCCAACCGUGACGCGAUAUUUCACACGAAGGGCGAAAAAAUUCAAGGGAGAGAGAGUCGAGGAUCGAAAACGGUGAUCGAUUGGAACUCUUUACACGCAAUUAGCUAACGAAAAAGUAGAUGAAACAAAAAACAGAAAAAAAGUUAAGUGCGCGCGAGCGCAGUCUCGGGCGAAUUUAUAUGAGCAUUACGGUUAUUACUAUCUAUAUUCGUUUAUGAUUGUUAUUGUUAUGAUUAUUACGAAUUAUCGUCAUGACGAUAAAUAACGGUAGCGUUUAAACGGUUUUAACUCUCAGACACUUUACAGAGCUCUUAUACCAACAUUAUACCUAGCGGGCUGUCGCCGUGUAACUGUUACGUAAAAUGACCAACAAUUAUUAAAAUAAUGUAUUACCUAUUAAUCUAUAGGGUGAUCUAGCGACCAUGUAUUAAGGAAACGUUCUUUUUAACGAACUCUCUUUUCCUCUCUAUCUCUAUCUCUCUUUCAAUAUUUUGAGAGCAUUCGAAGAACACACAUAAGACGCAGCGUAACAUGCAUUGUUGUUAGACCUGUGCUGUUAAUAUCGUCGUCAUCAUCACUACGCUCGUUCAAACAAUCUCAAAAAUCUCAGAAAUUUUCUUUACUCUCAUUAGAACACCGAUAUCUAAUUCGUCUAGUUUUAGUCGCUCGACACCAUCGCCGAUUUGAAAGAUCCAAAUCGGAAAAUAUAGAACCUUGAAGAUUGGCACUUCAAAUAUCUCUUCCGACCUUCGAACUUUUUAAUCUUGGCAUCGGGAAUUUUAGAAUUUUUAUUUCUUAGAUACGUGAAUCGCGUUAGAACUCGGAAUUCUUUGGGAAUUUCGAUCGUUCGAACUUUCAAAUAUGUGCGUGCGCGUGUGCCUCUAUUUCCGACUACGUCCGUCUGUAUUUAAAUAUGCGUUUGUGUGUCUGAUGUGUGUCUGUGCGUGCGUGCAUGCACGCAGUUUGCCAUCUUAAGUCCUUGAGGAAUUCUGAAAUUUUAGCUCCUUUAGGAUCUUAUAACCCUAUAAUUAAAGUCUCGAAUUUUUACAAGUUCUUACAACUUUCUUUAAGACCUUAGAUCCAUGAAAUCUCGGGCAUUUUAGACCACGCGUCUUUAGAUAACUUUGAAUUUAGAACAUUGUCUCGACUUUGGUUUGUUGCAGUGAGUCCUGAAUUCUUCGAAAAAUUUUAGUCCUUAGAAAAUAUUGAAGAAUUAAAUUUUAGGAUGAAGUCUGGACAAAAAAUAAAAUCUUGGGACGUCAUCAUCGCCAUCACGGCGUUACGCGAAUGUAGACGCAAAUUUCCAUCCAUAUGUAAAGUGCUCUAUAAUUUUCAUUAUAGAGCCAUUGAGAUGCAACGUCAUUGAACGCGUUAUGAUGCGCUAUGAUCUUUGCCAUCGAUAUUCAACAUCGCUGGACACUAUACAUCUUCGCCAUUACAACUCGGUAUUGUUUGCAACAUACGACGCAACUAUAAUACUUUCCCAUUUCAUCAUGCACAUGAUACCAUACCAUUAAUAAUAUAUUCACGAUCUUGGAACAAAACGGACUACUAUUAACGACUAGAAAAAGUUUUUCCCUACAGGUUUAGGGCAAUAGAUCUAUGCAUAUAUAUACAUAUAUAUAUAUAUAUACAAACAUACACAUACUCACACUCAUAUAUAUAUAUAUAUAUAUAUGUGUGUGUGUGUAUAUGAGUGUGAAUACAUACAUACAUACAUAUACUCUAACUCAGUUAAUAUGAUAUCGUGUAAGUUGUUACCACUAAUUAGUCUCGAUUACUUUACGACGGCGGACAUAGGACAAGGCACAAAUUAGACGUAUAAUUACGUACAUAUAUAUAUAUAUAUAUAAAAAAAUAUAUAUACAAAUAAAGUAAAGUAAAACAUAUGAUUAACUGAAACACAUUCAUUAGGAAGGACGAAGACGCACUGUUAAAGGCGUGCGAGUGCAUCAUCGCGAUAGAAACUUCGUAGGGCUAAAGUGGUUUUGAUACUAUACGAAGCACCGAAAGCGAACUUUUCUUACGAUGAGACUUAUCGAUAUUUUUUUAGACUCCGCUAACGAAUCGACUAACUAUGUUAAUCGCGCGCAUGCCAAUCGCGGCGAACGGAAAUUCGCGGCACGUUGACCGGUUAACGCGUUCCUAUUAACGCUCCAGCCGAUUUCCCAUCUCCCGUUGAUCGACUUUCAAUACAUAUGUGGACUCUGAAACCUUGGUUCCUUGAAACCCGAAUCUUCGCGACUUUAUAUGCACCUUUAAGACUGGAAGUGUCUUGGGGACUUCUCGAUCAGGGAUUCUGGAAUGUUUGAUCUUUAGUGCGCGCUUUGAAGAUUCAAGAAUCUCAUAUAAUUAAAAUUCCAUUUUUAAGAAUUCUUUACUUUUAGAAUCUUAAAUUUUUUAGAACUUAGUAUUCUUGAAACCUCCGUUUCUGAAAGCUGGCUUAUGCUUCACAACUGUUUAAUUAUUAUCUUUAUUAGACUCUGAAUAUUUAUAACUUUUCAGUCAGAAUUAUAAAUUCCGGAAUGUUUGAUCCUUAAAAUAAUAGAUUUAAAAGCAUUAGAUCUCUCGAACUUUGAACUAAUUCUGGGUUGGACUAGAAAUCUCGGAAUUUGUAGAUGCUGUUUUGGAACCUUGGAUUCAUGGAUGUUCUUCCAAAAUUCCAACAUUUAUUAACACUGUCAGAUCGAUACCCUACAAUGACCUUACUAAUGCUGAUUCACCAAACAUUCAAUAAUACGACGCUGUCAUUAUCUGCCAAUCGAAAUUUCAAUGAAGCACAUUUAGAAAUAAAAUACGAUGUAGAAAGAAACACAAGAUACUGCCCGCCGAUCCUAAAAGAAAUGCAUCAUUUGAUAUCAAUACUUUUGCCUCAGCUAAAUUUUAUUUUCACUGCGUGAAUAAAAAAGAAAAACGAAGAAAUUAUGAUUGAUGAAAAGAAACAGAGGAUAAGAGAAAUCUACAACAUCGCUCUCGCGAAUUUUUAAAGAAAAUCGGUUUGUAAUUUUUAGCGAACAACUUUAGAAACUUUUCCCAUUAUAUUUAGUAUUAUAUUUAGUAAGCUGUAAUUAAGGUGGUGUCUAAGGAAAAGAACACAUUAACAAAUCAUAUGUAGAACGUAACAAAUGAAUGUAAAGAAUAUUUGUCUUUAUUUUAUCCAAUAGGAUGCUUUCGUGGUCCAACCUGAUUAGUAGUCGAUAGAGUUGUAACUGGCUGACAGUAUUUUAUAAGACGACUUUUUUUUAAAAGACUUUAAGCUGAUUCUCUUCACACAAUCUUUAGAUCUUAGCUUAUAUGUGUCCUUUUUCCAGUCACCGUGUUAAAUUGCUUUCUUAUAAGCUCCUUCUAAUUUCCAUAAACGCACUUCGCGAAAUUGUUCGGAUAUUUUAGUUUUCACGCGUAUUUCCCGAUCACAGGAUGUCCUGUUCACGCUUGUUCAUAUGCAAUCUCAUGAUAUACCCCUAUAUACGAUUCUCAGACUUUGUCAGGUCUGUACUCGUGCUAUAAAUGAUACUUCGAGACUCAUGCGAUUCGCAAAGCGAUCGCCUAGAGGGACGUUGGGAGGAUCCUCUUGAAGGACUCCUUCUACGCUGCAUCUUCUGUGUAUCCUUUCGAUAUCGAGCCGACUCAACGAGUCGAGUUCACAAGGAUGUAACACACAGAGUGUCAUGUUAGUACUUUACAUCGUUGCCCCAAGGACAAUGUAAGCGUUACAUGCAGUUUGAUGAACGUUUUUAUAGUUAUAAUUAUAAUUACAUUGUUUUCUGACGUUUUCAUUUUUCUUUCAAGAAAUAUAUGCAAUUGUAAGUCCCGGAAAGGUGACGAUCUUUAGUUUGAAAUUCCGAUUUUUGCAAUGCUGGUUCAUCAAGAGCACGAAUCCUUUGAAUCCUUAGAGAGUUCCUUGUCAUCUAGUAUUCAUCAAAAUGCAAGUUUUGAUGGUGUCCUCGAAGCUCUGCGGCGUUUUACAAUUUUGAGAUCGUGAGCGAGUGUCGAUUUAAUGUUGAAUAUACAAAUUUAAAAUUGCGUAUCAUUUAAAAAAUACAAACGCUCAGAACUUGGAGUAUCCUCGGGACCUGAAUUUUGGAGAUUGCACGUUCUCAGGAUUAUGAAACAUUGAAUAAAGUAUCUUGCACUCUCAAAACCUUACAUGAGCUCCGAGACUUGAAUCUUGGAAUCCUGGAACUCUUUCAAAUUCUGUAUGUUUACGGUUUAACUUUUUGACUGUAACGUAUAAUUAUAACUAUGUCACGUCGAAAUGGUAUGUUGUCGGUAUUGUAAUGACGUUGUGACGAUCGUCGAGACAGUCAGGCACUUCUGUGAUUUCUAGACUUGAACGAUGUAACGAUGUUGAGUUUGUCACUUAACAAAAAUUCACGCGAACGAUAGUGCUCGUCCUGCGUCAGGAUACGGCGCGCAGUCACCUGACGAAGGAGUUCGUUUCUCAUAACUAGCCAUUUGAGCUUGUGCCAACUCUUUCGCGAGACAUAACUCUUUAAAUACCGGACAAAAGGCGAUUCUCGUUCAUAUAUAACAGUUAUAUAAAUGAGUCACAUGUGACUUAGAAAAAUAUUAUUACAUAUAAUCGCCUCGAAUCUAACACUGAUUGUAAUAAUUUCGCUCUUCUCACUAAUUAUUAAUCGAAUAUUAUUCCUCAACUUUUUUCUCUACCUAAUCUAUAAAAGCAAAUCUUUUAGUUGUGUACAUUUGUACACGUACAGUUAUUUUCGUAUUAAAUUAAUUAUUCUGUUUGUCGACGCUCUGAACUCUUUAAGAUAUCGAACGCUAUAUAUAAUAUGUAUGAUCGUAUAAAGAACGUAACUUAUAAAUUAAAAAAUAAAUAAAAUAUCGCGAAAACUGUUAUUUUAUGGACUUGUGUUUAUCAAGAUCCUUUUGCUCGCACUUUAUCAAUCAAGUCAAUCAAGCCUUUUUUACCUGCUAUUCUAAAAGAUACUAUAAACAAUGAUCAAAAUAAUAAAAUUAUGUUACAGAAAUUCAGCAAGAAAAUAUUUCAAGAAUGAGAGAAGUCGACUCGCUGCUAACUACAAUUAGCGUCAGUUACGACGUGCGAUUAUGAUCACUAUUAAUAUUUUAAGAGAAUAGGGAAGAGUGCUAUCGUUCGUGUUGCUUAAUCUAAAUGAACAAAUCCCACGCAACGAAUCUUGAAAGUAGUCAAUAUCUAAUCAAUUCCGAGGAUAGGAUGAACUUAGAGGAUAAUUAAAUCGAAGAAAAGGAUGAAGGGAAGCGUAACCCCAAUAAAUUUGUAAGCGACGGGACGUUUCGACGGAACGAUAAAUAUCUUCCAUUAGACUUCGACAUCAACGGCAGGAAAGCGUUGUGACGAGUUUUGCCAUACAUUGUGGGGUGCAAUUACGCGAAGUAUGUACAUACGUCACGUGUAUUAAUUAUAAUAGCGGCGACAGGAACGUAGCGCAUAUUUUUAAAGGAGAGAAAAAUAUACGAACGCCAUGGCACUAAACGAUCGAUUGAAUUGCGAUCCCGCGUUAAAAAUAGGGCUCCCGGUCGAUACUCGAAAAACUAGCGUAAUCAAGCUGAUCGAUCAUUAUUUACGAGGGAGGGAACGCGCGUAUGUAACUAUACGGUAUCUAUGAACCAACUCGUUUUCAUGCCGAAAACAAAUAAAUUUGCAAGACAGGAAGGAUGCGUUCUGGCGUUUUUAUUCCCCAUCUAUCGAUCCUGACAGUUGCCGUUAUAGUGACAGGGCUCGUUUUUUAAAUCAAAGAGAUGCUCCAAGCG